CUGAGGCUAGCUUCAUCCUAAUCCCGGCAGAGCUCUUCUGGAGACCUGAGAACUGGAUCCCCCUCAGGUAUGCUGCUCCACUAGUGAACAAACAGGAUGUUCAACUGGGUGGUAAAAGUGGUCCCUCAGCCCCCUGAUGGUUCAGGCUCACUGGGAGAGGACAUCCCCCAUGCCCAACCUGCUGAAAAUAAAUCAUCAAAAGAUGAAGCAAAAAAAGGCAAGGCCAAAGUAGUAAUACACCAUGACGAGGAGCAAACGUCUGAAGAGAGCAGUGGCCAGAGUGGGAUGCUGACUUGGCUGUCCAAUGGUUUCGCCAACACCCUCCCCCAGCCGACCGGCUCCCCCCGUCUCAGCAGAGGCAACUCUGAUGCUAGGUUUGUGAAUGGAGAGGAGGUGGAAAGUAAUGGUGUGAUAGGGUGGAUAGCCCAGGGUCUGGGGAAGGUGGUGCCCCAGCCAGAUGUAAAAUACAAAGAUCGCUAUGACCCCGAUGACGUCACAGAGGUUUCAGACGCAAGCAGGGUGGAGGAGUGUAUCGCAGAGCCGUGUGUGUACCUCGCAAGUGAAUUGCCAGAUGUGGAGCCCCUCCCCCAUAUACCUGUGGUAGAGGUCUUGUCAGAGGACGAGGAGGGGGACAGUGUCCCCCAGUUCCCCCCCAAGAUGGUGGACUGGCUGAAGAAUGCCAUGCCCCACCGAGUGUUGGUUCCAGGCCCAGGCUGUAUCGAAGGCCCGCAGAUCCACAGAUCUUCACUAGACAAACGUACACAAGUCCUUCAUGCAGCCAAGGGGGACCACUAA